AUGCAAACUACUACUAAUCAACUAAACGAUACUCAAAAUUUAAAUACAUACCAAUACAAUUAUCAACAACCUGUAUAUUCUCCAAACACUCCUGUAUGUGCACAAAAUGAAUAUGGAGUUCAACCAGUUUUUCGUGAAGAAACAAAUUCAACUUCAGUGUCAAGUCAACCAAGAGGUUAUACACAAAGAAAGCAUUAUUCCAAUAAUGAGCGAAAUGUUGUUAUUUGUUUCUUUUUAGGAUUUAUUUUAUUUAUUCCAUUUUUAGUAGCAUACAUUAUUGGUAAGAAAUCAAAAAGUAAAGGAAUUAAAUUAUUAGCAACUAUCUCAUUCCUUUGUUUUGCUGUUUAUUUCUUUGCUUUAAUAGGAGUUAUAACUGUGACAUUAAUUCUUUUAAAUUAA